GCGGCGCCCGCUUUCCCGUCGUGCCCCGCGGCGCGGCGGAGCGGGGCCCUGCGCCCCCUGGCGGCGCGGGCGGCGCGGCGGCGGGCCGGAGCGCGGCGGGGAUGAGCGAGGAGGGGGCGGGCGGCGGGGCCAGGCGGAGCGGCGGCUUCCCCAGCCCUGUCCCCAGCCUGGCGCAGAUGCUGGCGGCCAGCCCCGGGAAGACGCCCAUCAGCCUGCUGCAGGAGUAUGGAACACGCGUAGGCAAGACCCCCGGCUACGACCUGCUCAAGGCCGAGGGACAGGCCCACCAGCCCAACUUCACCUUCCGCGUCACCGUCGGGGACAUCAGCUGCACCGGGCAGGGCCCCAGCAAGAAGGCGGCGAAGCACAAAGCGGCGGAGGUGGCGCUGAAGCUGCUGAAAGGGGGGGACAUGCUGGACCCCCCCAGCCCCGAGGAGCCCAGCUCUCCUUUCCCCCCAGAGCCCCCAGCUGAGCCUGGCCCCCCCGCCGCCCCCCCAGCACCUGCUGCACCCCCCCCCUCGCCCAGGGGCACCCCCCUGGACAUGAAGCCGCCCGUGUCCCCCCCCCAGUCGGAGUGUAACCCCGUGGGAGCUCUGCAGGAGCUGGUGGUGCAGAAGGGCUGGCGCCUGCCCGAGUACACGGUGACGCAGGAGUCGGGGCCGGCGCAUCGCAAGGAAUUCACCAUGACCUGUCGCGUCGAGCGCUUCGUGGAGAUCGGCAGCGGCACCUCCAAGAAGCUGGCGAAGCGCGACGCGGCCGCCAAGAUGCUGGUGCGGAUCCACAACGUCCCCAUGGAGCCGCGGGACGGCAGCGAGGCCGAGGGGGACGAGGAGCAGUUCUGCAUGGCAGGACCGCGGCUGGAGGGGCUGCGUGGCCGCCCCCCCCCGGGCUGUACCUGGGACUCCCUGCGCAACUCGGCUGGGGAGAAGCUGCUGCAGCUGCGGAGCCGCCCCCUGGCCCCCCCCGCGGCGGGGGUGGGCGCCUGCGCCCUCCUGCAGGAGCUCUCGGAGGAGCAGAGCUUCGCCAUCAGCUACCUCGACAUCGACGCGCUGAGCCUCAGCGGGCUGCACCAGUGCCUGGUGGAGCUGUCGACACAACCGGCCACCGUGUGCCACGGCUCCGGCGCCUCCCGCGACGGCGCCCGCUCGCAGGCCGCCCGCAACGCCCUCCAGUACCUGCGCAUCAUGGCGGGGGGCAAGUGAGACCCCCCGGCACCCCCCGACACCCCCCGUGCCCACCGACACCCGGGCAGACCCACAGACACCUGGACAGACCCACAGACGGACCCUCAGACUCACCGACCGAUGCAGCUCUGGACACACUGGUGGAUGCACCCCGCCUCCCCCAUGGACAGACAGACACCCAGCCCCACAGACACACCUGUGGGACGGGCAGACAGAUGGACAGACGCACUCCCCCCCGCCCCCACCUUGGACAGACCUCAGGGCUUUGGGGGCACCUUCUGUCCCAGCCCCCCCGCCCCGGUGAGGAGGGUCCAACCAGCCCCCCAGGAAUAAAGCUGGGGGGGUUUGUAA